AUGUCAGAGUCUGUGGAUAGAGAAGGCGGCGCUGAUAUGAUAGUGGACAGCGGAGUCGUAAAUCCCGUAAAAUCAAUCGAGGGAUGGAUCGUAUUGGUCACUGGUGUCCACGAAGAGGCCCAGGAAGAGGAUGUGAGGGACGUUUUCGAGAAUUACGGAACAGUAUCGAGUGUUCACUUGAAUUUGGAUCGCAGAAGUGGCUACGUUAAGGGCUACGCUCUCUUGGAGUACAAGUCCCGUGAGGAGGCGCAAUCAGCCAUCGACAAUUUGAACGGUACGGAGCUGCUUGGCAAGGCGAUUUCAGUUUCAUGGGUCUUCCGGGAGACACCCAAGGGGUAA